AUGGGAUCUCCUUUAUCUCCGGUGUUGGCGGAUUUAGUAUUGCAAGAUUUGGAGAGUAGAGCAUUAGAGACUCUAAAAUUUGUUUUACCAUUUUAUGUCAGAUACGUUGAUGAUAUUGCUACGGCUGUACCAUCGGAUGCGAUAGAUGAGAUCUUAGAUGUUUUUAAUUCAUUCCAUAGUAGAUUGCAAUUUACUAUUGAAAUUGGUGAUAAAUUUUUAAAUUUUUUGGAUGUUAACAUCAACAUUAAUAAUGAAUUCCUCGAAUUUGAUUGGUAUCAUAAACCGACUUUUUCGGGAAGAUACUUGAAUUUUUUAUCUUCACAUCCUUUGUCACAAAAAAGAGGUGUGAUUUUUGGAAUGAUUGACCGAGUCUUUUUCUUAUCGCAUCCGAGAUUCCAUCAGAGAAAUAUAAUUUCUGUGAUUGACAUUUUACUGAAUAAUGAUUAUCCAUUGGAUUUUAUAUUUAAGACAAUUAACUUACGUCUGAAAUCACUCUUUUAUAAUCAAACGAUGAAACAGAACAAUGUGAAUUCUAAUGACACAAGGGACGAAAUGAAACCAUGGAUUACUUUGCCGUACAUUCCGCAAAUUUCUGACAAAUUCAUGAAUAUUUUUAAUGAUGUGAACAUCAGAUUAUCUUUUUACAGUCUCAAUAAAUUGAAUAAAUAUAUUAAAGUUCACAAAGAUGUAAUUCCGACUAACUCAAAAAGAGAUGUUGUAUAUCAAAUUACUUGUAAGGAUUGUGAUGCAACCUCUGUCGGUCAGACAAGUAGAAAAUUACAAACUAGGAUUUUAGAACAUCAUAUUAAUAGGAACACGACCACACAAUCGGUUAUUACAGAACAUAGGUUGGAACACAAUCAUGAAUUUGAUUGGUCGAAUGUUAGAGUAUUGGAUACAGAGAGAUUUUUGAGCAAGCGCUUGAUAUCAGAUGAUUUACAUUAA